CGUACCGGAAGUGUUAUUGCUCUGUAAGGAGAAACCAGAAAAACGUUCCCCCGGCGAGUUCCACUCGAAUCUAAACUUAUAUUUAUUGAAGCAGGCCGUCGGUUGAGACGCUUUGACGGUUGGAUCAGACGUUUGACGAUAACACGCAAUAAAAGCCGCGAUGCAGAUGACGGAGAUGUACGACCACGCGCUGCUCGGGAUCCUGCAGCACGCCGGGAACAUCAAGGACUUCCUGCAGGUUUAUUUCGGGUUUCUGUACCGCAAGACGGACUUCUAUCGCCUGCUGUCGGCCCCCAACGAGAAGAUGGGCUUCCCCCCCGGGGUGGCGGAGAAGAUGGUGUUGAAGACGUUCAGGCUGUUCGAGAAGCUGGCAGAGAGCGACCGCGAGAGGCAGCGGAGCGAGCUGCAGAGGAGGGAGGAGAGGAGGGAGGAGAAGAGGGAGGGGAAGAGGGAGAAGAGGGAGGGGAAGAGGGAGGAGGAGGAGGAGGAGGAGAGGAGGGAGGAGGAGAACCGGCACGUCCCUCCGGCGCUGCAAGAGCUGGAGGUCGCCGCUGAGGAGACGGUGGAGCAGAGCGUUGAGGAAAAGGAAGAGGAGAAGAAGAAGGAGGAGGAGGAGGAGGAGGAGGAGGAGGAGGAGAAGGAGGAGAAGGAGAAGGAGGAGAAGGAGGAGAAGGAGGAGAAGGAGAAAGAGGAGCGCCAACCGUCAGGUGUUCCGGCUCCGGCCUCCACGGGAGCGACCGGCGGCGCUUCAGACCCGACUUCAACAGAAGCGAGUCAGGAGAAGUUUCAGUCGGACCCCGACAGCUACAACGGCGCCGUGAGGGAGAACUACAGCUGGUCUCAGGACUACACCGACCUGGAGAUCCGGGUGUUCGUACCGGAGACGGUCGUCAAAGGCCGACAGGUGCGAGUCGGGCUGCAGACCGGCAGCAUGCAGGUGUGUGUGCUGGAGGGGGCGGAGCAGAAGACGCUGAUGGAGGGAGAGUUCACACACAAGAUCAACACGGAGAACUCCCUCUGGAGCCUGGAGCCGGGGAGCUGUGUGCUGCUGUCGCUCAGCAAGACCUCGGAGGUUUGGUGGAACGCGGUCCUGAAAGGAGAAAAGGAGAUCGACAUCAACCGAAUAAACCGCGAGCGCUCGAUGGCGACGGUGGACGAGGAGGAGCACGCGGUGCUGGACCGGCUCUCCUUCGACUACCACCAGAAGCUGCAGGGCAAGCCCCAGAGCCACGAGACGAAGGUGCACAACAUGCUGAAGAAGGGCUGGGAGGCCGACGGCUCGCCCUUCAAAGGGCAGCAGUUCGACCCCUCCAUGUUCGACAUCCCGCCCAGCGCCGUGCAGUUCUGAGGAGGACGGAAAGACCGGCGGCCCGAUUCCUCACUGUUGGACGGAGUCGGUUGUUUACCUGCUGCUCUGUUGUGUUGGACUAAAGGGGGCGGGGUCAAAUGUUUGUUUAUUUGAUGUUUUGACAUGUUUGAAAUCUGAUAAAUACGAGUACUUUGUUCA